ACGUUAACUUUUUGCUAAUACAUAUUAGCAUAAUGAAUCGUUUAGUAGUUCGAUUUGUAAGCCAUUUUUUUUUCAAAAUAAUCAGUCUGUAUCCACCAACGGUGAAUGAAAGUUCAUGCUUUGCUUUUCGUAGUUUCUUCUAUAAAUAUAAUAUUAUUUUUUCUGUUAUAUUAAUUGUUUCUAUUAUUGAAAUAUUAUUGAAACCAAAAUUAUAUAUCAAAAUGUUCAACUUGUUUCUUGUAACAAUUCUAUUUAGUAUUUAUUUCAUUUUUGAUUUUAAUUAUUUUCUUAGAAUGUUCUUUACAUUCAUUUGGGCUAAAUGUUUUAAAAGUAAGGUUAAACUUAUUGACGAAACGUCCAUUUAUGGAAUCUGUACUACACAAGACUUGGAUUAUGCGUUACAUAUGAACAAUGCAAGAUAUCUACGUGAAUUAGAUUUUGCUCGUUUAGAUAACUUCAUUCGAACUAAUAUGUUUGAUAGGAUGACAAGAAUGGGCAUCACUACAGUUGUCAGUGGUUCAUGCACAAGAUAUCGACGAACGGUACCAUUUCUCAUGGUAUAUAAAAUUGUAAUGAAGUUGAUUCAUUUGGACGAGAAACAUUUAUAUUAUGAAUGCAAAUUAAUAAAUCCACGAAAUAAUUUUAUUCAUACAGUAAUUUUCACUAAAAUUACACCGAUCGGUUUAAAGCUACCAUUAACAGAAUUCAUAAAAGAAUUAGAACCAGAUAUACAUUUACCAGAAAUAACGAAAGAUUUGAAAUGUUGGUUGGAAUCGAUGGAAUAUUCCUCUCAGAUACUUAGAAAGAAGAAUUAGAGAUUUGUUUUUUCUUUUUUUUUUUUGUUCUUUUUAAAUUUUAUACUCUGAAAAUAUUAAACAAGGUAUCGUGA